AUGUCAAAACUACUAUUUUUAGUACUAACCGCGGUAUACGCGGAGGCUUGCUAUUGGAACGCCCCGUGCCCUUAUCAGCUGUUUGGAUCCAAAACACCAUAUGAUACCGUUCGAGGAGAUAUCAGAGACUACCCAAUACCAACAAAUUGCCAAGCAGUGUCAAUAUGGACACUGAACCGACAUGGCAACAGGAACCCUGGCACCAGUGUGACCCUUGGCAUGAAGGAGGUCACACACCUCAAGGAAGAGAUCAUCGCCAGCUAUGAAGCUGGCAAUAGCCAGCUUUGUGCACAGGACAUCGAGGACUUCAAAAAAUGGACCUGGAACAACACUUUAGACACAACCACCUCCUACCUCACGGGAGUCGGUUACGAGGAGUUGUACGACAUUGGCAAGAGGAUCAGGGAGAAGUACCCUCACCUGAUGACUGGAACCGCUGACCGUUUCCACUUCAGACCUACCAACGAGCAGAGGACCAUAACCAGCUGUGCUGCCUUCGUACAUGGCCUGACUGAUGGCAUUAAUCUGAAUGUUACUGUGGAAUCAGUUCGGACGAGGGAUGAUGUUAUUAGGCCGUAUGAGAACUGCGAUCGCUAUCAGCAAGAAGUUAAAGGUGGACCAACUCUGAAUUAUCAACUGGACUCGUAUUUUACAUCACCUAAUUAUGUUGCUAUCCAAAACGCAGUCCAGUACCGUCUAGGCCUGACCUCCAAGCUGAACUCUUCAGACCUGUUCUCAAUCUACGAGUUGUGUCGGUUCUACCGCUCCUGGGGACCCACGCUGAAGUCUCCCUGGUGCUCCGUCUUCACUGAUGAGGAUCUUGUCAUCAUGGAGUACUAUGAUGACGUCAGACAUUAUUACAGAAACGGAUAUGGGUCUUGGGUAAACGAGAACCUUGGUCGUCUACCUCUGAAGGACCUUUACGACAGCUUCUCCAAUUCCGUGGAGGGCAUUGGAAAGAAAGUCACCGGUUACUUCACCCACGACACGAUGAUGGAGAUGGUGUUCUGUGCCCUGGGACUGUACAAGGAUGAUCCUCCACUACAAGCCCUUUUGAUGGACGGCGAGAGGUCUUGGAGGACCAGCUACAUUGGGGCCUUCUCUGUCAAUUUAGUUGCUGUGUUGAACAGCUGCACAGAUAACAAUAUCAACCCGGAGUACCGAGUCCAAAUAUUCAUCAACGAGAAGGAGACACCAAUCUGUCCCCUGAAAGGAUGCACCUGGGCUGAGUUCCAGGAAAAAUUCAAGCACUUCUCGCAAGCCAACCUGGAUUUCUGUAGCAUGAGCUUUGUACCUGAACAAGAGAAUGAGGCCUCACCCAACAGUGCUGCCCCAACUAAAGUAUUCUGGAAUUAUUGGUAA